UCAUGUUCUCACUCCCACCUCUCCCCACAGCAACCACCCUCCUCUCCGGCAUCCAAUUUACCAGCAUGCGAUGCAUUUAGAUUACUGGGGGUGUCGCCUCACUACAUGCUUCUCACAUGACUGCGCUGCAUAUUAGAACUCAGGUCGGAAGCCAAUGGGGUUUCGGUGUGAAGGUGACGUCAGGGGGCGGAUCGGUAUGCUCGUGUAUGUAUGUGUGUGUGUGUGUGUCUGUGUUGCUCGCGUGCAUGUGCAAGAAGCUUAGACAGCUCUGUACUCCUGUACAGGCGUACUCUGUGUGUAUGUGUGUGAGUGAGUGAGCAGUCAGUCAGUGUGUGCAGCUCGGCCGGCCUCCCUCCCUCCCCCCGCACUCAGUGGACUAGAUUCCCAGCCACGUAAGAAGCACAGCGGCACCACGGGAGAGAGGAUGUCCUGCUGAAUCCAGGGAUUGGCCUGGGAAAGUCGGCCGGCCGUCCCUUCCUUUUCCUUCCUUCCAGCACCUUACAGCAGCAGACAUAAUCCACAGAUACGACACUUUUUUCUUCUUCUUCCACGCACCGGACCAGAGAAAGACCGUGGACGUCGACUCCCGCACACAAAGAGCUGCAGCAGUUUUUAUUUCAUUCUUAUUCUUAUUCUUCUUCUUCUUCCGGAGGGGCUUUUCUCCCCUCAUGUAUUAGAUGACAAUCACCGUGCACGGAUAAUAUGAUCCCGGGGAACAAGGCCGUGCACUGACCUGAUACUACUUAGCCAAGGAAGCUAACUAGUUAGCUCUGCACCUGCUAGCCAUCAUUUAUUUGACAGUCAAAUUUCGGCUUUAAAUCCAGUUGUGUUUAAUUAGAAUGCAACACUUGCUGUGAACGUUUUUUUUUUUGCCUGUAUUUACUUUUAGUUCAUUUCUUCCCGUGCCUGUAAGAUAUUUUCCUUUCGUAUGAAGCCUUCAAUGCCAUUAACCGGCGGCGAGAUAAGCUAACAAACAAGCUGCGGGUUAACUUGUGUCUCCUCAUUCAUUGUAUUCGCUGACUUUCGUUGCCUUUGUUGCACUUUUGUUCUCGCUAACGUUGAUGAGAUUUACAGCAGGUCUGUACAGAGGGGUUUUCGGAUAAGUGGGGGCAGGAAUUCUGUUAAUUUACUUUUUUUUUUCUUGCAUGGAAAUCUAAGUGAGGUAAAUUAACGAUUGAACUGUUAAUAAUAAUUUAAAAAAAGAGCCAUUUUGUUGUAUGCAAACCAACGAGGCAGCUCUGCCCGGUGAUAACCCGCAGUUUCCAGCAGCCGGCUGCAUUUAAACCAAUUUAUUUGUUUGGUCCUUUUGUUCAAGACUCACUGAGGUGCUGGACGAUUUGUGAUAUUGCACUUUAAAUCAAAGUGGUGCCUGCAUUAAGGAGCAGAGGAGCGAGGAGGAGGAGGAGGAAGGUCCCCACUGAUACUGUGGAGUUAUCACACUUAUUCCUCAUGAACAUACAAAGAUCAAAUCCAAUUAACAUUUCACGUCAUGGGAGAUCGCGACAUAAAUCGCACGAUUUCGAAGACUUGUCUUGUUUAAGGACUACAGAAUCGCACCAGAGCUUCAGUCCCAACCUCGGGUCCCCCAGCCCGCCGGAGACCCCGGACUCCUCGCACUGUAUCUCCCGCAUCGGGGACUACCUUCUGCUGGAGCCGCUGGAGGGAGACCACGUAUUCAGAGCCGCCCACCUCCACAGCGGAGAAGAGCUCGUGUGUAAGGUUUUUGACAUUGGCCAAUACCAGGAGUCACUGGCAGCCUACUUUGCCCUGGGCCAGCACCAGCAUAUUAACCAAAUCCUGGAGAUCUUGCUUGGGGAGACAAGGGCCUACGUAUUUUUCGAGAGAAGCUAUGGCGACAUGCACUCUUUUGUCCGCACCUGCAAGAAGUUGCCAGAGGAUGAAGCUGCCAGACUUUUCUAUCAGAUAGCCUCGGCUGUGGCACAUUGCCACGACAACGGACUGGUUCUACGUGACCUCAAACUGAGGAAGUUUGUCUUCAAGAAUGAGGACAGAAGCCUCGUGAAGCUGGAGAGCCUUGAGGACUCGUAUGUCCUGGACGGUCAUGAUGACUCUCUGUCAGACAAGCAUGGCUGCCCGGCCUAUGUAAGUCCUGAGAUCCUCAAUGCCAAUGGCAGCUAUUCCGGUAAAGCAGCUGAUGUCUGGAGUCUGGGCGUCAUGCUUUAUACCAUCCUCGUUGGGCGCUACCCGUUUCACGACGUCGAGCCUGGCUCUCUGUUCAGCAAAAUCCGCAGGGGUCACUUCAACAUCCCUGAAACGCUCACACCCAAGGCCAAGUGCCUGAUCCGCUCCAUCCUGCGCCGGGAACCCGCCGAGCGCCUCACCUCUCGGGAGAUACUGGAUCACCCCUGGUUUGCCUCCUCUGGGGCACUGGGGGUCACUCCAGUGCACGGCAGAGGAGAAAGGGAUCAGGAGCAGAUGGUGCCUGAGGUGAACAUGGAAGAGGAGCUGGAGCAGUUCUUUAGCUGAGCAAACACCAAGCACAAACGGAUGACUCUGCCACGGUCCACUCGCCACGCUCACAGCAGAGCCAAAAACAGUAGUUUAGAGAUUGUAUGGUGAACAUUUGUCACUCAUAAUAAAGGUGUUUCCAUCCUGUUUCCUUUUCCACCAUUUCAUGGAAAACCUUGAGCCUGGCAUGACAAAUGGCAUCUAUACAUCACCUGGCAAUGCACCCUCUCGAACAAGGAUGCUGCCGCCCGACAUGCAAGUUGCAAAUAAUGUAGCAAAUGUUCAUUUUGGAUCUGUUUUGUUUAAUGUGGUGCUCAUAAAGUAGACACUUUCACCAUUGUUUGACACUACGGAAAGCAUGAAGGGACAUAGAACACAAGAAACCAAGGAGAGCAAUUCUGAAUGAACUGAAACAACCUUUCUUAGUUUGUUUUGUUCGUCGUCAUAGCUCGAGGUGAAACCAGUUUUAACCACAGACCCAGCGUCAACAGUCACAAUCCCGGGUUCUGUCGGUAACCUAAAGUAAGGUCGUCAUAGCUGACCUGGGAUCACUGGUUUAAAAGUGGAGCACCUUUGGGCUUUUUCUUGUCAUCAUGUUUGACCUUGAUUUUUGCAUCGUUACACUUUUUUUUUUCUUUUUUUUUUUUGUUUCCAAAUUACAGAAAAUUCCGACAGUCACCAAACUGCUUGACCGCCUUGUUUUCUGUAAUUAGUUUCUCUGCCUCCUCGUACUCGGAAGCCUUUACCACACCAUCCAUCCCCACAUUUCCCCCCCCCACCACAUUAUCCUUUCUUUUUGUCUUUGUGUUCGUAAGCUAUUCCAGUCUCUUGUUACUGCUGCUUUAAUGUCACUCCCUUCACCUCAAUCUUAAAACCGUAUUCUUGGUAAGCCUCCAAACAUGGCGUCAUGCACUUGGUGUCUGAGGUGAACGGACAAAUCCACCUCUUUAAAAAAAAAAAAAAAAAUAAAUAAAAAAUUAGCUUCCUCUUAUUUAAAUUCAUUCUUCAGUUGUAGAAAUGAGGAUGUAACAUUUAUUUAAAUUGUAACAGUUAUAUAUAAAUAGAAAAAAAAAUAUAUAUAUAAAUAGAAAUAUAUAUAUUUAAAACUACAUUGCAGGGUUUUUUCUUUAUUCAGAGAUUCCUUUUUCAUGUAUGAUGUAGGCAAUAUCUUGACACAGGACAGGCACAAAGAGGAGAUGUCUGUCUGAAGUUUUAGAGUACAUAAUGUCUUCUGUGCCAGUAUUCCUGUGGCCCGACAGCCCAUGCCACCGGAUCUCCCCCUUUUUCUUUUUUCUUUUUAAAGACUUGAUACAAGCUUUUCAGUGAUAGUAUUGCUAUGACGUGCUCACUCCAGGACCUCAUGUUAGUUUUGUGCUGCCUGCGUAGGUUCUGUGAAAAGGUCAUGCUCGGAAUGGGUACCAGUGGACAUGUUAUGUCGUAUCUCAAUGUUACUUGAAUUUGUGUUUUUAUCUAGUCAUCGGCAUGUGCCCCGAGAAUGCUAUAGCCUGCCAGGGGGAGAAGGGGGAGGGUGGGGGUGCUUGUUUUUUUUUUUUUUUUUUUUUUUUUUUUUUAAGAAAAGUAAAACAAAAUAUAAAAAAAUCUAAAUUUGCUACUUAUCUCUGUUUCUUUUCAAGAAUAAUAAUAAUAAUGAUAAUAAAAAAAACAACCAUUGCUUUUAUUGUUUUGUAGACUGAGCUGCCUUUUUAUUUAAGUUGUUUCUGAUUUGGUGCUAAUGUUUAGUCCUUUUUGUUUCAUGGAGGGGCGUGGUGCAUGGUGGGAUAUCUGCCUCAGAUGUUCUGAUUGUAUUGUAACAGAUUCUGGUGUUUUGUCCAAAUUUCUUCAGUAAAUAAAUUGUGAACUGCUA